AUGGAGAUCAGAUACAAGAUGGAAGGCAAUCUAACUCCAAUGGAAAUCCGAAACGAGAUGGGCAUGAGGUUUUUUAUGGAACUGAAAAGACGUCAAACAAAUUGCGGGAUGUAUCCAUUGUGCAUAACAACAAAAGAUCACAAUUUUGGAUGUGGUAUUAAUGGUGAAAUUGCGUUUGAGCCAGAUACAUCAAUUGUUCAAGUUGGAGGUGAUGACAUGAAUGUAUCUGGCGUAGUUCUUCAAGAGAUUCGUAGUGUAGAUGCAUUAUGUAUUUUGGAUAUGAAUUCGGAUCAUGUUAUUGGUGACUGUAAUCAAAAAUUUGUUCAAGUCAAGCAGUUGUAUAAGGACAAGAAGACUAUUGUGGCUGUUAUGCAAAAAUAUGCCAUAGACAAUCGAUUCCAAUACAAGGUUGCAAGAUCCGACAAAAAGAGGGUGUAUAUUACCGCUUGCUUAUGGUGUAAUUGA